AUGGCGGCCAGUUGGGAGGCGCAACGAAAAGAGGAGCGGAAGCAACGGGAAAUGCUCAUGGAACAUUGGCUGAGGCAUUUCUGUGAAGUGGAGUCUGAACGGCGGCAACUGCUGCUGUGGUUGCGGGAGGAAGGACUCACGAGGCCCACCGACUUGGAGUCGCGGAUGAAGCAUGGACAGCGGUUGAAGCAACUGGGCAACGAGUGGUAUGGUAGAGAUGACUAUCGCCGUGCUCUUCAUUGCAACCUGGGCGCGAUCCAUUCGAUCGAUUUUACCCCACAGCAGCAGCUCAGCAUGGACGAGCCACAGCGGCUUGCUCUCGCUCAGCUGUUGCUGCCAAUCUUGAGCAAUUUGACCCAAGUUUUUCUGAAGCGUGGCGACUUCAGCAAUGCGGUGAAAGCUGCCUCCUUGGGGAUGCGCCACGUGAACAAGCUCCCAGAGGAGGAGAAGACCACCUUCAAGGCCAAGCUGCGCUUUCGCCGCGCGCUGGCGCGUGGCGAGGCGGGCCCUGAGAGGGACCUGGAGAGCGCGCUGGAGGACUUGCGGGAAGCAGCGCAGUUGAUGCCCAAGAGCCUGGAGAUUCGGCAGUGCCUGGAAAAUUGCAAGGAGCUCUUGAGAAAAGAGCGGGCUGGGCCCCAAGCUGAAGAGACGCCAGGCCAAGAGGACGAGAAUGAGCAGUUUGAGGCAUCUGAGGCCUUAUCUGCCAGACAGGAGAUGUUUGCCGAAUGUGUUGGACGAUGCUUAGGACGAAUCUUGCGCUGUUGUCGACGCCUGCGCGGACAUUCCAGUCCAGCGAGCUGGCCGCUGGCGCGGACCUUCACCUCCAGUGAACGAAGCCGAGCUAAGGAUCAGGAGAUUCGGGAGCUCGAGCGGAAGUUGUCGGAGGCCAACCGCCGCAACGAGCAGCUGGAGGGCCAGGCACAGCUGGCUGCGCGCCAGAAGGAACUGCUGGCCGAGCAGCAGGCUGAGGUGCGGGUGGGUGCGGAGAAGCAGUCGAAGCAUCGCGCUGAGCAGAUGGAGGCAGAUGCUUUAGAGGCCUUGACGGCCGAGCGGCGCAUGAAGUUGGAAGCACGGGAGCAGGCACAGCUCGUGGCCAACCAGAGUGAGCAGAUGGCUCAUCAGCAUGCCGAAGAGAUGGCACAGCAAGCGGCCACCUUGGCGGAGUUGCACGCCCGUCUGGCUGUGCAGCAGCAGGCUUGGGGCAAUGGCUCGGGUCCAGUGGCCUGGGCAGCGCCAUCCUUCACCGAGGCUUUAAGGGAUCACAAGGUACAGCUCGUGGCCAACCAGAGUGAGCCUCUUGGAAGGAGACAGGUCGGACUGGUGAGUUAUUUGGGGCUGGGCUGGUGGUGUGGCAGGCAGAUGGCUCAUCAGCAUGCCGAAGAGAUGGCACAGCAAGCGGCCACCUUGGCGGAGUUGCACGCCCGUCUGGCUGUGCAGCAGCAGGCUUGGGGCAAUGGCUCGGGUCCAGUGGCCUGGGCGGCGCCAUCCUUCACCGAGGCUUUAAGGGAUCACAAGGGAAGGUUGACCUCGGUCGAUGUUUCGGGGAUUGGGGUCACGGUCAAACGGCCCUGGGAGCUGGACCUUGAAGGUCCAGCAGCCGAAUGGGAAGAAAUCCCAGGUGAACUGAUCCUAUUGAUCUUAUGGCGUUCGCGGAUGGCGUCCUAUGAGACCUUCGCAGGUGAUUGGGCCGCUGGACAAAGCUUCAUUCCUGGGAAGAGGAAACGCUUGAACGCCGUGGCCAUCCUGCUGAACGCUUUCGUCCCCAGUCUCGCCUUUGCGCUCACCACCGGAGUAUUUGGCUUUAGUGUGCACUAUGAGCAGCCACACAUGGCCUGGCUUAUCCUGGCCUUGGCUUUGUUCAUCUCCUUCACCUCGCUACUGAUGGGACGAUGCAAUCGGCGGGUGGCAGGACAACCCAUGUGGUACACCUUCUUCGGUGUGAGCUUCGCCACGGGGGCGCUGUUGGGCGCCGGCUUGGGGGACUACCUCUUCCAUUCAACCAUGGAGGCGGCCUACAAUUACCAGAGCAUGAGCAGUUAUCCAGCAGUGAACCCUGCCAAGCAGAAGGGCCAAGAGAUUAUGGAUGCAGGCCGCGUUUACUUCUCCGCUGGCAGCAAGUUGGAUCUCUCCAAGUCGAUGAGCUUUCACAACUUCGAGGAGUAUUGCAUCGCCCCCAUCGUCAACGGAGACGAAGAGCUUGCGUCCUAUGACUUCUGGGCUGUGGGAACCAACUGCUGCAGUGAGGGACACUUCCGAUGUGGCGAGUUUGCGAAUCUCCACGCGCGCUCGGGGCUGCGGUACAUGGAACAGGAGAAGCAGGUGUCCUUUCAGGCGGCGGUGCAACAAGCCGAAGCGGCUUAUCAUUUGAAGGCCAAGCAUCCGCUCUUCUUUGUUUGGGCGCAAGAUCCGUUGGCGAUGAUCAACACCAAGGUUGCUACGGCCCAGCAUCUCUAUCUCAUUUCAGUGGCCAUUGUUUUCUUCACGAACCUCUUUGCAGUGAUCGUGGCUCUCAUGGGUUUUUCACGCUUAGGCCAUUUGUGA